CAUAGAGCCAGCGGGCGCGGGCGGGACGGGCGCUCUGCGGCCGGACCCAGCCAGGGCACCACGCUGCCCGGCCCUGCUCCGGCAGGCACCUCUUCCCCGGGCUCCUGGGGACGCCAGAAGAAAGUCAACCGUUCUUGCUUAUCCUUGACCCGCGUUGGACCUGCAUUUUUUUUUUCUUUCUCCUUACUUUUGAAUUAACUGGCUUCUUGGCUGGAUGUUUCAACUUUUUUCCUGGCUGUGAACUUUUCCCCGAUUGUUUCCUUUGCAAACUGCUGGAGAAAGUGCGCUGUGGUUCGAGGAGAGCCGUGAGGAUGUGUGCGCGUGGCAGUGUGUGCAUGCAUGUGUAACCAAAGCCGGCCGGUCUGUUGGGAUCUGCGCCGCGGAGCCUCCUCUCAAGGCCGGCUCCACCUGCUGCGGUUACGCGGUGCUCGUGGGCAUUUUUGCGUCGGAGCAGCUAACCCGCGGGCGCUGGGCGACGUUGAAGGAAGAUCGUCUCGCUACUGCUCAAGUCGGGGCUGACUCACCGAGCCAAUGUAGACAGUGCUGACUGCCGAAGAGUGUGUGUCUGCGUGUGUGCGACUCGGCUGCCGCUCAACUCCCACCAAACCACAGGCUCAGCCACAAACUUAACCAACAUCCCCAAACCCGAAGUGCUCAGAUGUGGAGAGCUGUACUCUGAGUUUCCUUGACUUGGACUUUUCUUUUAAGAUUAGCUAAGAUCUUUGAAAAGCUGAAUUUUCUGCACUGAGCAUUUGGUAGAAUUUAUUGAGAGAAAAUGACAAGUACUUCUAGCCCUGCCUUUCUCCAACUACUGAAGCUGAUUUUCAAGGCUACUUAAAAAAAAAAAAAAAAUCUCCAGCGAACAUUAAUGGGUUUCUGUUGUGUUCAAAUUCUCUACAGAUUGUAUUGUAAAUAUUUUAUGAAGUAGAGCAUAUGUAUAUAUUUAUAUAAGAGUACAUAUAUAUUAGCACGACCUUCGGAAGUCGAAGCUCUUGCUUUUGAGGACAGAAGCCGGUUUUGCAUGAUAAAAGUGGCGCUAUAUGGAAGACUCCCUUGUAUUUUGUGUUCUGUUGGGACUUCAGACAAAACUCACCUGCAAAAAACUGACAGGCAAUUAACUACUGGAACUUCAUGUAUUUGCCAGUCAUUUUGCUCUCCGCAUAAAUAUUUUAGGAAGUGUAUGGGAAUUUUGCCUCGGGCACUUUUGUCACAGCCAAAGACUGAACUUGAACUUUGAAAGCAGGACUCACAGGAAGAUAGUCACCCUUUGGCGUUUGACUUGGGAUUCUGGUCGUCCACUUUUGAAUGCACUAAGCGGCCGGUUGCUAGGAGCCCUGCCUGGGUCUGAGGCCCAUCGGCAUAAAUACAACGUUUCCCCUCCUGGACUGUUAGUAACUUAGUCUCUCCCCCCCCCCCCCCCCCGCAGUAAUAAAAGCCCCUGAACUUGUAUGUUGGUCUCCCGGGAGCUGCUUGUUGAAGAUCCGCGCCUCGGUCGCCGUCUUGUAGGAGCUGUUUGCAGGGUCCUAACUCAAUCGGCUUGUUGUGAUGCGUAUCCCCGUAGAUGCCAGCACGAGCCGCCGCUUCACGCCGCCUUCCACCGCGCUGAGCCCGGGCAAGAUGAGCGAGGCGCUGCCGCUGGGCGCCCCGGACGCCGGCGCCUCCCUGGCCGGCAAGCUGAGGAGCGGCGACCGCAGCAUGGUGGAGGUGCUGGCCGACCACCCAGGCGAGCUGGUGCGCACCGACAGCCCCAACUUCCUCUGCUCCGUGCUGCCCACGCACUGGCGCUGCAACAAGACCCUGCCCAUCGCUUUCAAGGUGGUGGCUCUGGGGGACGUUCCGGAUGGCACUCUGGUCACUGUGAUGGCCGGCAAUGAUGAAAAUUACUCAGCUGAGCUGAGAAAUGCCACCGCGGCCAUGAAAAAUCAAGUCGCAAGAUUCAAUGACCUCAGGUUCGUUGGUCGAAGUGGAAGAGGCAAGAGCUUCACUCUGACCAUCACUGUCUUCACAAACCCACCCCAAGUCGCUACCUACCACAGAGCCAUCAAAAUCACAGUGGAUGGACCCCGAGAACCUCGAAGACAUCGACAGAAACUAGAUGAUCAGACCAAGCCCGGGAGCUUGUCCUUUUCCGAGCGGCUCAGUGAACUGGAGCAGCUGCGGCGCACAGCCAUGAGGGUCAGCCCACACCACCCAGCCCCCACACCCAACCCUCGUGCCUCCUUGAACCACUCCACUGCCUUUAACCCUCAGCCUCAGAGUCAGAUGCAGGAUACAAGGCAAAUCCAGCCAUCCCCACCGUGGUCCUAUGAUCAGUCCUACCAGUACCUGGGAUCAAUCGCCUCUCCUUCUGUGCACCCAGCAACGCCCAUUUCACCUGGACGAGCCAGUGGCAUGACAACUCUCUCUGCAGAACUUUCCAGUCGACUCUCAACUGCGCCUGACCUGACGGCCUUCGGCGACCCACGCCAGUUCCCCGCACUGCCGUCCAUCUCAGACCCUCGCAUGCACUACCCCGGCGCCUUCACCUACUCCCCGACGCCCGUCACGUCAGGCAUCGGCAUCGGCAUGUCGGCCAUGAGUUCGGCCACGCGCUACCACACGUACCUGCCGCCGCCCUACCCCGGCUCGUCGCAGGCGCAGGGCAGCCCCUUCCAGGCCAGCUCGCCCUCCUACCACCUGUACUACGGCGCCUCAGCCGGCUCCUACCAGUUCUCUAUGGUGGGCGGCGAGCGCUCGCCGCCGCGCAUCCUGCCGCCCUGCACCAACGCUUCCACUGGCUCGGCGCUGCUCAACCCCAGCCUCCCGAACCAGAGCGACGUGGUGGAGACCGAGGGCAGCCACAGCAACUCCCCCACCAACAUGGCGCCCGCCGCGCGCCUGGAGGAGGCCGUGUGGCGGCCCUACUGAGGGCGGGCGGGCGGCGGCCCGGAGGCGCGUCCUCCUGUCACCGGGCUGAGCCGUGUGACACCAUCCCUUGGAGCCUUGUGUUUCCAGAGAAAGCCGCUGGGCCGGCCAGCGCGUCUGGGGGCGAGCGCGUCUGUCUUCUGUGGUCUCCCCUGCGCCGGGCCUGCGCCUCCUGCGCUUCGGAAGCCUGUGCAUUCGCCGUCGCCAUCGGCCCUCUGCAGAUCUUUCAAACCUGACACAACUUGAGGGUGUCCGCCAACCCACCACCAUGUGGACACGUCGUAAGGCAAACAGGAAGAUUCCCAGAGGGAAACUGUGAAUGCUUCUGAUUUAGCAAUGCUGUGAAUAAAAGAAAGAUUUUAUACCCUUGACUAAACUUUUUAACCAAGUUGUUUAUUCCAAAGAGUGUGGAAUUUGGGGGGGGGGGGAUGGAACUCAUCCUGUUUGGCAUCUAAUUUUUAUUUUUAAUUUUCCGCACCUUAUAAAUUGCAAAAUGCAUAUUUGCAUUUGGGUGGUUUUUAUUUUUAUAUAUAUAUGAAAAAAUUUGAGCUUGCUUCUUUCUUGCUUUGACAAUUGAAAGAAAUAUGAUUCCCUUUUCUGUUUUAUUUAACUUUUCUUUUGGACUUUUGUGUAGUUGUUUUUUAAGAGACAGCUACAGCUUUGGGUCAUUUUUAACUACUGUAUUCCCACAAGGAAUCCCUAGAUAUUUAUGUAUCUUGAUGUUCAGACAUUUACUUAUGUGUUGAUACUUUUUUAAUUAUUUAAGUGUACUUAUAUUAAGAAGAAAAAUAUCAAGUACUACAUUUUUUUGUUUUUGAUAGUAGCCAAAGUUAAAUGUAUCACAUUGAAGAAGGCUGAAAAAAAAGAUGGGUAAUGUGAUCACUUGGUUAUCUAGAAAUAUUGUUUACAUUAAACUCCCUUUCAUGUUAAUCAAACAGGUUGGUAGCUAAUGCAGCAAUGUUUUUAAUAGGAUUUUUAGACACCGAGGGUCACUCCAAGGAUCAGAAGUAUGGAAUUUUCUGCCAGGCUCAACAAAAGGUCUCAUAUCUUACACCCUCCCUUUAAAAGAAAAGGUCAAAUCUGGUCCCACAGAGUUCAGGCAGGGGUCAAUGAUUACACCUCUGGAGAGGAUUUAAUUUCUGCCCAGGUGUUUGCUCACUCCAUGGCCUUCUGAGAAUUUCCGACAUGCUUUGUAGCAGAACACAUCCAAAGUAAGCAGUGUGGAGGAGCGGUAUUUACAGAGAAAUCAAAUGAGUGAAUUUAGGCGUUCCAUACCUGCUCAAUUCUGGGGUAACAGGAAAAUAAUCCUUUUUGACACAGUACCAUUCAUUGAUGCAGAACUCAACUUGUGGCUGUACCCCAAGGGUGGAAAUAGAAUGAUGUAGACCCACUGCUGAUCUAGAAGGUGCUCCUUUGAGGGUGGAAGGUCUCCAGGUGAAUUUUCAGAAUGUUGUCCCAGAAGGAGGCCUGAAAGAGCCCAUUUCCCGCUGCAUGCUUCAGUGGGAGAACGUCAUCCCACCUGUGAAGGACCGCCAUACUGUGCUGCUCACUCACAAACAUCUUUGUGUUGCUUUCAGCAGGCUGAGAUCCUACUCUGUGGGGAGUGUGCACUUUACCUGUGCACCAACAUGACAGAAAGAUUCAUGUCACUGCUACUCAUGGCUACAAUUCAAAGGCAUCCAAUGUCACUGUAAAUUUUAUGGCACUAUUUUUAUUGGAGGAUUUGGUCAGAAUGCAGUUGUUGUACAACUCAUAAAUACUAUCUGCUGAUAUUGACAUAUGUGUGCUCAAAAUGAUCUGGUUGUUAUUUAAUGUACCUCUUAAAUUAGUUGAAAUGAUUUCAGGUCAACUCUGAAGAGUAUUUGAAAGCAGGACUUAGAACAGUGUUUGAUUUUUAUUUUAUAAUUGUAAGCAUUCAAAUUAGACAGAUCUUUGGCUGCAGGCAGCGAAACAGCUGGACUUAUUUAAAAACAACUUGUUUUUUGAGUUUUCUUAUAUAUAUAUAUUGAUUAUUUGUUUUACACAGAUGCAGUAGCACUUUGGUAAGCGUUAAAGAGUAAAGCAGUUUGUGUUGUCAGGUUGUUCUUAUCUAGAAAAGAGCUAUAGCAGAUCUUGGAGAAACUCAGAUUAUAUUCAUUUUUAUUUUAGACAUACUCCCUCUACAACUCAGUUUUAUAUGUUGUGUUACUCCAUACUACAUCUUUGCAGCUAAAUUAUCAUCAAAUGUUUGAAAAUUUAAAAAUUUAAUUUCUGAAAAAGACCAUUAGCCCAUUUCCCCCAAAUUGAACUUAAAUGUUCUUUUCAGCACAUGUUGCCAUAUCUGACCUGUUAAAAUGCUGACAAAAAAUGAAGGAAAAAAAUUUAUAUUUUUCAGUUCAGUUCUGGUAUCUGAAGAUAUUUCAACUCAAAACCAGCCUAAUGCCGUACGUAAUCUCUCACAUCAAACCUUCACUCUCAAAGCCAUGUAUGGAGAGGGCUUGUCACUCUGUUUAGACUCACUGGUUUGGCCAUUCAGAGCUUCACAGACUCCUACCAGCAUAUACAGUAUUUAAUCGUCUCAGAAAAAAUAAAUAAAACCGUAGUUGUUUGGGAGAUAAGUCUCAUACAACACUUUUUCUUUUUCCUUGAAAAAUUGCAUUCAUUGCUUUCAGAUAAAUUAAGGUAUCUCUUUAUUCAUUGUCUUUAGGUAAAUUAAGGUAUCGGCAAGACCUUUAAGACAAUCAUGUAAUAACUGGGUUUAUCUAGGAGCAUUGGUCCAGCAGAAGAUUGAAUAAGCCAUUUCUACUGCUUAUUCAUGCCCUUAUUUAUGAUUUCAACAUGGACACAUAUUUCAGUUCUUUCUGUUUUUCUCACUAUCUAAGAAUAUAUUUCUCUUCUUCUCUGUCCCCCAAUAUCUUCCUCUUUCUCUCUCCUUUCUCUUCCAUUCUCCCACUUUCUGUGAGGAGCUAGCACACACCCCAUCCCAACACCAAAUGUCCAGAAUACAAGGUGGUCCAGUGCUUCUCCCUUUACAUAAAGGAACCUGGUGAGUCAGCCUUUCUCCUGCUUGUGGGUUUCUUCCAGCAGAAUAGAGACUUUGCCAACCAUUUUGGAUCUGCAUGCUGUCCAAAUGCAGCAGCAGAAACCUUCAUGGGCAAAUUACAAUCAGUGAGUAAAUACCCUUUCUGCUGCCGAGGGUUUCUGUGCAGAUAAACAGAAAUGCUCUGAUUAGAAAGGAAAUGAAUGGUUUUACUCAAAUGUCCUGCAAUUUAGGAUUGCAGAUUUCUGCCUUGAAAUACCUGUUUUCUUGGGACAUUCCGUCCUGGUGAUUUUUGCUUUUGGUGGUUUGUGUUUUGGGGGGGAUGACAUGUUUGGGGUCUUUUAUACACGAAAAACUGGUUUGACAAUCUCAUAAAACGUUUUUUACAUCUGAACAAAAUGCCUUUUUGUUUACCCUAGAGUAUGCAUUUGUUUUCGGUUCUUUGUUUGUUGGGAAUUUUUUCCCUCCUUUUAGCCAGGUCAGUAUUGAUGAGACUGAUCAUUUGGCUUUUUUUUUUUUUUCCUUCCGGAAGAGUUGCAUCAACAAAGUUAAUUGUAUUUAUGUAUGUAAAUAGAUUUUAAGCUUCAUUAUAAAAUAUUGUUAAUGCUUGUAAUAAUUUUUUUCAAUUUUUUUGUGUGUGUUUCUAAGGACUUUUUCUUAUGUUUGUUAAAUACUGUAGAAAAAAAUGCUUCUUUCUACUUUAUUUUAGACUUAAAAACGAUCUACUUAUUCACUUUUGUAAGCAGCUAAUAGCAUGGUUCCAAUUUUUUUUUUAAAGUUCACUUUUUGUUCUAGGGAAAAUGAAUGUGCAAAAAACCAAAAAGAACUGUUGGCUAUUUGUGUUAUUCUGGAUGUAUAAAAAUCAAUGGAAAAAAUAAACUUCCAAGUUGAAAUGAUACUAUAA